AUGGGCUUGAAUACCAUCCGUAUCUAUUUCCACUGGGGCUACCAUUCUCCUGAUGAAAAUGUGUAUCAUUUUGAAGGCAAUCGUGAUAUUGACUAUUUGCUUAAUUUGUGUGAACAACUAGAGUUGUUUGUCUUGGCUGCUCCUGGCCCUUAUAUUUGUGCAGAAACACAAGCAGGCGGAUAUCCUAGUUGGCUUAUUGCUAAAAGAGAACUAAAUAUACGUCAUAAUUAUAUGAUGCUUUGGCGUGUUUAUGACCAGAAAUUUGCUGAUUACGAAAUACAAUGGCUCAACCAAAUCAUGCCUAUUCUUGCUAGACAUCAGAUCACUGAAAAAAAGAAAGGGUGUGUGAUUGGAGUACAGAUUGACAAUGAGUUGUUUGAAGUCAUGGCAAAUAUACUCCCUAUUGGUUUGCAUGAUCAAAUGAGAAUCUUGGCUAAAGCAACAAGAGAUGCUGGUAUUACAGUGCCUCUGUUUACAAACGAUGGUUUUGAAGAGGGUGGAUGGGUUCCUCGCACUGACGAUAAAAAGAAAUUCGGUAUUGAUCUUUAUGGUUUUGAUAAAUAUGUCAUUUUUGCACCUUCAAGUUCGCCCAAGUCAUGGUUGAUUAAUAGUGGUGUGUCUGUUGGGUCUUGGGAUGAAUGGAAUCCCAAAAAUAUGGAGAAUUCAAUGGAUGGUUUAGAAAAGAAAGUGCGUGGAUUUGGUGGUGGUGCUAAGGAAUCACCCAUGUUUAUUCCUGAACUUCAGGGCGGCUGGUUUAACCAUUAUCAAUUGCAGCAUACCUACGAUCAGAUUUUUGAUUAUUAUGGGGAUGAAUACACCAAGCUCAUAUUAGAAACAUCAUUUGCUCAAGGUGUUACUAUGGCCAGUACUUAUAUCAUUUAUGGUGGCACGAAUUGGGGAGCCAUUGGUGAUCCUGAUGUUUACACUUCUUAUGAUUAUUCUGGUUGUAUUCGUGAAUUUGGUAUGCUUUCUUCUCGAGGCAGAAAUGUCAGAAAAUCUGUUCUUUUGACUCGCUCAUUUGAUCCCUACUUUACAAAGACUGAACGUGUCGCUCAUCCUAAUGUCAAGUCUUCUCUUGCUCAUACUUUAAAUCUUCAACGUGUUGCUAUUGCAGGCAACCAAAAUGUUACAUUUACUUUCUUGAGAAACUUUGACCGCAAAAAGCGCGAGACAUUUGACAUUACUGUUCAAGAAAAAGAGGGCAGUUUGACGAUGGGUUGUUUCUUGCCUUACAAGUCUUCUUUCAUUGCUAUUGGAAACUACACAGCAGCUAACGGCGUUCAUUUGAUUUUCUCUUCUAUCCCUAUCCUGACUCGGUUAGUAAGCCCCCACAGUAAGGAUGAAGUAUGGGUUGUUGAGCCCAAUAUUGUGGGUGCCAUGGCUUUCACUAACAAAGAAAUGCAUUUAUCUGGUAAUAUGCAAGACAAUGCUUUACGUAAUGAUGGUCCUGCUGUGAUACUCUCAUUUGAAACAGAUCAUGGAUGGUCAAAGCUCCAGACAACAGAAGGCAAUCUUUAUAUUAUCGGUCUUUCUAGGCUCGAUGCAGCCACUCUUUAUGCUGAAUUUAGUGAGCCUUAUUGGAAUGAAGGUGUUAAGAAAUACCCUUUUUUUGUUGCUUGGGGUGCUGAUAACUUUUAUUUCGACAAAAAGACAGGUCAACUUGAAAUCAACCAUCGCCGCACAGAAAAAGCAGCACAUAUCAUUUCUUUUGAUCAGAUAAAGGGAGGUGUAACUGACAACACCUGGGACCUUGAUAUUAUCCAUACAUUUGAAUACAAGAAGCAUACCGAUAUAAUUCCUGUGACAUUCGAUUACACGCAUUGGGAAAAUCGCCCUGUUCGAUUUGACGAAUUACCAUGGGAAAAACUCAAGAGCUUAAAAAAGAAUGAUAGUGUCACUUUUACUGGCCUUGAUUAUCAUUUUACCAGUGGUCAUGUCUUGUAUCGCACUCGAUUCAGAACUCCUGAUUCAGAUCAUCCUAAAGUUACACUUUCCUUAAAUGUUCGUAACCGUGCCACGGUGAUCUUGAAUGGUCGAGUCGUUGGUGGCCACACUACUUAUUCUCGUCAACUGUUUAUGCCCGGUGCCAAAAUUGGACCUGAUCCAUACUUUUUGGGUUCACAUACGUAUGAUCUUGCACCUUAUCUGUCUCGGUCAGAUUCCCUUGAAAAUCAACUGAUUGUAGUCGUAGAGAGCUUUGGCUUAAGUCGUCAAGCAUUUAUUAUGAAUGAUGUUCGUAAUCCACGCGGUAUAGUGAGUGCUAAACUCGCUGGUCUCGUCCAAUCACCUGAAUGGGAAAUCACGGGUGUUGAUGUACGCAAAUUAUCUAACCCUUACAACACCACUGGCUUUCCAGACGAAAUUGUCUCUUCAGACUGGAAAUCGUUCAAGAAUAUCAAGUGUGAUAAGGAAGGGUGCACGAUUCCACUUAAAGUAACACAGGGCGUACAAUGGUUCCGUUUCCGAUUUGAUAACGCCUAUAAAUCUUCUCUGUACAACAUUCCACUUCGUCUCCAUCUGGAGGGUGAAUGGACAGCUAUGGUCUUUUUGAAUGAUGUCUUGAUCGUAAGAUAUUACGGUAAUGGUGAUGGCCCUCAACAUGAUUUUUAUUUGCCCGACGAUCUUGUUUUAGCAAAGCACAAUGAGGUCAAGAUUCUUGCUUAUACCUGGGAAGAUACACAAGCUCGACUCUUCUUAGCAGGAUGGCCUGUUCUUGCAGACAGUGGUAAUCUUAUUACUCACUAUGCACAAGACAGUAAGCCUGCUGAAUACAUGACUUUUAAAGAAUCUAUUAAUUUGUAG